AUGUCGAAAGCAGAGGGAAAUUUUGUGUUGGGGUCCAAUCGUGGGGCAUGGUUUUCGAAAAGCGAGGACGAUGAGGGGCUCUUCAAAACAGAGUCUGCUAGCGGAGUGUCUUUGGCCAAGAUGCUGACACGUACAGAGAAGCUUCGUCGUCAUUGGCGUCGAUUUUGGCUGGUUUAUCUCGUCGGCAACGUGGUUUUCCUUGCAAUAUUUCUUCCCAUAUUCUUUCUAGUCAUCAUACCUGCCGUGGCGCAACUGGUUGUCAACAAGUCAACAUUACGACUUGUCAAUGCACAGGUAAUGCAGCCAAAGCCGGACUCCGUGAUGAUGACCCUACAAGCAAGAUUGGACUUGAAGCUUGCCAUCCCCGUCCGCAUCGAGCCUGUCACGCUCAACCUAUUCGAACGAGAUUAUGGCUCAGAUAAUCCGUACGCCGCUGUCGACAUCCCAGGACAAACCAUCCAUGGCAACUACACUCUCGGAGUUUCUGACCAGUUCACCCCAAUCCAGGACCUGACCGUCUGGAAAGACUUUAUCCACCAGGUUGUCUUUCAAGAGGAGACCUCUUUGGCCUUGCAUGGCAAGAUGGUUGCCUACCUCGGUGUCCUGAAGUCCCAUGUCACGAUGAAUAAGAAUAUCAUCACACCAACAUUGAACCAGUUCUCUGGAUUUACUAUGUCUGACGCUACCCUACUCCUUCCCGCGAGAGAUGAUGGGACAAAUCUCAUUGGCAACAUCACCCUUCCAAAUCCAACCGUUUUGCACUUUGAAGUUGGUACCCUGAAUCUGGAUGUCAAGAGUGGCGGGAUUCCUAUUGGCAAUGCCACCAUAAAGGGAGUGACACUUCGGCCGGGUGACAACACUUACCCCCUUAGUGGUAUCCUUGACUUGAAGACGGUGCUCGGCAACUUAGGGGAUGUGCUCACAUCUCAAGCUUCUGCGCUGGAAACCGGGAAUCUCAGCCUUGAGGCAGUCACGUCGUCGGUUGUCUGGAAUGGCACGGUUGUGGAGUACUACACGGAUGUCUUGCGCCAGCUCACUCUUACAGCAACGAUUGGCAUUGCCGACAUUUUGAAUAAUACACUUAGCAAUUUAGUCCACGGAAAAAAACGGACGGGUACUAGCGACACGGGCAUCACUAUUCGGCCUCGUUAUGACGAUGCGAAAGCCAGGGUUGAGUUGACGCAAAUGCUCAAAGAAGAUCAAGAGGUGCAAGAUGUUUUCCAUGAUAUGAGCUCGGAGAAACGAGAUGGUAUUCUCGAAUCUCUGGUUUUAAUGUUUUAG